ACACACAUGUAUUUUCUCAGGCACUUUUUGAGUGUAUAUAGCUGCAUUAUUUAAGUAAUGUCAGUAUUACACCCAAAUGACAAUAAUGAUAUGAGACUGUUCAUGUGUUAAACCUGCUAUAGUUUACUUCCACAUUGUUUCUUCAUCGAAUAAAUGAAUCAACCAUUGAAAGAUAAACGCAGUGCUGGGUAAAACUGUAAUCUGGUACCAAAUACAAAUUCCAUGUCUAAAAUUGUAGUAAAGUGAUCUCUUGGAUUACAUGUUAAAGUAAUCUAACCAGAUUGUUUUUGGAUUACUUUUGACCUAGUUCCUGUUUAUUUGAUGUCACAGAUAUUUGAGUCGGAUGAGCUUUUUGACCGUGCUUCAAUAUAUUCACAAAAAUGAGAGUUGAUAUAGAGGUCAUUUGUAUGAACAGCAGCCUGUUAAUUUGUCUUGUACCCAAGCAUCUGUCUCUGUUUACAUAUUCAACUGAAAUGUGCAUUAAUGGCAUGAUUGCUUUAUCAAUACUGCCCAAGCAUCAAUACAGAGAGAGAAGUUAUACUAAUAAUAUGCUGUCAAUGUACCUGUCUGUCUGUCAAUCAGCGUCGGUCUCUCCUCCCACCUGUGUGUCGUCAUGGUGACGCGCGCUCAAACCUGAGCCGCCGGAGUGUGAGUGCACGCGGGCGAGAGGGAUGCUGCUGCUGCCAUGGCAACAGACCUUCAUGCGCUCACAGACAUUGAUUUCAUAUUUAUUUCAUAUCGCGUGCGUCCCUUACCGUCACGCGGGAUCCGGGAUGUCAUAACAAGUUCACGCGGAUCGUUCCAAAGGACUCCUCUGACAUUUACACCUCCUUAAAUACGGGAUAAAACCGCGUUAGGUGUGGAGGAUCUUUGGGGUUUUCAAGAAUAACGCUCCGGUUCAUUUCUCCGGUAAUUCUCGCUUUUGUUCUCCUGUUGCGCCUCUGAAUGUGUCUGAGGAUGAUGAAGCGCCUGAUCUGAUAGAUUAAUGCCCUGUGCCGCUUCUAACACAUAGCAUAUGUUGAGCGGAGAGCGCGAGACAUCGCCGUGAUAACCGAAGGCGGAGGUCACCGAAUCACGGAGCGUGUGCGGGUUAUUUGGGUUCGGUAUGACGAUGGGUUCGCCCGGUGUCGGAAAGCUUCGGGCCUCAAGGAGAAAUGAUGAAGAAUGAUGGAGGGCGCGUGAAUUGGGGCGCGUCAAGGGCGAACGGAGCGUCAGGGACGCGCGUAUAUCCGGCGACUCAAGGGCGUUUGAACAUUAUGAGGACGCGUCGGAGGGCGGCGGGGCGACGCGUCCUCUGGAGGAAACGUCAAGGAAAAUCCAUCUUUUUUUUAAUGUCCUUCUAUAAAGACCAUAAUAUAAAAUAACAAAGCCGGAAAGUGUUUAUCUGACACGAGACUAAGGUCAGUCUAGUGUGUGUGUGUGUGUGUGUGUGUGUGUGUGUGUGACUGUGUGUUUGUGUGUGAGAGAGACUCGUGCCUGGCAUUGGCAUGGAAGGGGCAGGGGGCGGUACAGUGGGCACCGGGGGUUCUGUGGGUACAGACUCUCGGCCUACCCGUAACAGCGACCCCAAGCGGCGCAGUAAGAGCAGCCUGCCGUCUCCCGGUUAUCGCCUCUCCCAGGCGUCUCUGGAGGGCGAGCCACUGCCCGGGCGCCGCCGUCUGUCCGUCCUGAGCUCCACGCGAGAUGGUGGCCCCUUCCGUUCGGCCACGGCGGUAGGAACGCCCACCACACCUCUACCCCUACUGCCUCCCCCCACAGGUUCUGCCCCGCCCACCGUGCAGCGCUCCGUGGGGUUCGCCGCCUCCCGCGCCGCUCUGAUGUCCACCUCCUCCUCCACGGGCACCGGGAUGGUCGUUGUGGCCGCCGGACACGAGACCACCACCACCACCACCACCACGGCGGCCGGGACCCCUGAGGCGGGACUAGGUCUGGACGGUGAGGACUACAGCUACUCGAACCAGUCCACCUUCAUCCAGAGGCAGUUCGGGGCAAUGUUGCUGCCCGGCGUCAACAAGUUCUCCCUCCGCAUGUUCGGCAGCCACAAAGCCGUGGCACUGGAGCAGGAGCGGCUGAAAUCGGCUGGAACCUGGAUCAUCCACCCCUACAGUGACUUCAGGUUUUAUUGGGAUCUCCUCAUGCUGAUGUUGAUGGUGGGAAACCUCAUCAUCCUCCCGGUGGGAAUCACGUUCUUUAAAGAUGAGAACACGCCUCCGUGGAUCAUUUUCAACGUGGUGUCAGACACGCUGUUUCUCGUGGAUCUGGUGCUGAACUUUCGGACGGGAAUCCUGAAGGAGGACAGUACUGAGAUCCUGCUGGACCCCAAGGCCAUCCGCGAGCGCUAUCUGAAGAGCUGGUUCCUCGUGGACUUUGUGUCUUCAAUCCCUGUUGAUUAUAUCUUCCUGAUGGUCGACCUGGAAGCUCGACUGGACUCAGAGUCUCAAUGA